UCAAAAUAAACUGAAAUUUUAAUUUAAUACACAAGUGUAGGUACAUGGUACCUAGACAUAUAUGAUCCAAUCGUGAAUGAUUUAGGUUAUGCAUAUUAUACAACAGCGACUGCCUGACCAUUGUUUAAAACAUUUCUGAAAUACAAUUCCAAUUAUAUGGGUCCGAAAAAAAUGUGAUUAGAUUAUAGUCAAAUACUUUAUUCGUUUUUCGUUAGUAUGUCAACUGCAUCGACCACACAAAUACGUUACCUAUUUACCGUUUUCAGCCAUCUAUUUUAAAUCACCGUGAAUAACAUCCAUAAAACAUGAGUAAAUCAUCAAGACAUAGAAAUAAAAAAUUCAAAUAUGCGGCGACAGGUGUUCUAAUUUCGGACAAGCCCGAUUUAAAAGGAGAUUGGUUGAACAUUUUCAUAUUGUUAUUACUGUAUACAUUGCAAGGGUUGCAAUUAGGCUUAACUAAUGCUAUUCCCAUACUUUUACAAAGUAAUAAAAAUGUUACUUAUCAAGAUCAGGCUGUAUUUAGUCUAGUAAUGUGGCCAUACAGUUUGAAACUCUUGUGGGCUCCGUUAGUAGAUGCGCUCUACGUAAAAAAAAUAGGAAGGCGAAAGUCUUGGCUCAUACCAGUGCAAUAUAUAAUGGGAUCGUUCUUUUUUUACAUAGCCGACGACAUCAAUAACUUGUUACCCGAAACGGAAAAACCAAAUAUAGAAAAAUUGGUAAACGUGUUUUUCGUGGCCUCUUUCUUGGUGUCCACCCAGGAUAUAGCAGUGGACGGUUGGGCUCUUUCAAUGCUGAAAAAGAAUAACGUAGGCUAUGCGUCCAUGUGCAAUACAUCGGGCCUGGCGAUCGGCUCGAUGAUAGGUUCUAUGGGGUUCACCCUGUUAACGUCUAAAGAUUUUUGCAAUAAAUACUUGCGAGUUACGCCUGAUUCAGAAGGAAUUGUUACCAUGAAACAAUUAUUAUACAUUUGGGGAAUUAUAUUUAUGUUUAUCACGACAUUGAUUGCUAUAUUCAAAAAAGAAAAGGAUUGUUCAUUAGAAGAUGACCAUGUGAAGCUGAGCACUUUUCAGAGUUAUCGCUUACUAUGGGGCAUUUGCAAACUACCUAGUAUACAGAUAUUUGCAAUAGCAUUGUUGACAGUGAAAGUUGGAUUUGCUGCAACCAUCAGUAUGUCGAAUUUAAAACUGAUUGAUGCCGGUGUAUCAAAAGAUGACAUGAUGAUAAUAAAUACAUCAAUAAUCAUAACAAAAAUUAUUUUACCUCUCGUUAUUGCAAGAUUUACUUCGGGUCCAAAACCAAUGAGUAUAUACUUGAAAGCUACUCUGAUUAAAUUACUUUGGAACAUUGCAUUUAUUAUGCUUAUAUAUUACACACCAAAAUUGAUAAAAAAUAAUGGGGCUAUAAAUAUUCCAAUUUAUUACUAUGCAAUAUUAGUAAUUAUAUUAUCAAUACAAGAAAUACUGAGUUAUACUAUGUUUGUGGCUUUAUUAUCUUUUUGCUCUAAGAUAAGCGACCCUCGUUUUGGUGGUACUUACAUGACAUUGUUCAAUACUCUCUCAAAUUUGGGUCAGGCAUGGUCAACUUCCACAGCACUUGGAAUUGUUGAUUUGUUAACAUUCAAAGAAUGUUCAUUUGAUUCCAAGAAUAAUUGUUCUACACUAGAUCUCAAAAAAACGUGUAGAAUAGAAGGAGGUGACUGUGUUGUAACAGUGAACGGUUAUUACAUAGAAAUGGUACUGUGUACAAUUUUCGGAAUCAUAUGGUACCGUUCUUUCAAAAAUAUCCUUAAAAAUCUUCAAAUGAUUUGCCCAUCUCAGUGGUUGGUGAACUACGUGAAACAAUCAAUUACAGAAAAUAGCGAAAAUAGCGAAAAUAGCGAAAAUAGCGAAAAUGAAUUUACCGUUACCGAGCAGUGAUAUAUUUUGAUUACUUUUGCUUGAAAAAUAGACGGUUUUGUAUGAUUCUAUUAGGCAAUUGUUAUAUGUGUUCAUUCAAUAUUCACUCAGCUAUACUCCUACCUAACCUUCAUACCAAAGGCGUUCUGAGCUUUUUUGAAGUAGGGGAAUAUGAGUAUUUAACUAUUCGCAGAUGUAACAAAAAAAAAAUGUCUAUUCUUGCAUUUAUUUGGGUUCCGUCUAAUGUAUACUUAUAAUUUUAAAUAAUGUAAUAUUUUAAAUUUUGACACAAAUUAUUUAUAAAAUAUUAUUCAAUUAAAAAAAUUACCUUCUUCCACUCUAUAUAUAUUCUAAUACUGCACUAAAAUUCCCAAUAGACGAUUCCUCUAGAAACUAUCAUAUUAAUUACCAUAACUACCUAAAAUUUUUUAAAUCGAAUUAUAAUACAACUAUUUAAUACCUAUUCAUAUACCUGGAUCUUACUAACCAAUAACCAUUAACACACAACAUCUCGUGGCAAACCUAACAAUUUCACUACAUAAAUAUAAUAUAUGUAAAAUAAAUUAUUGAUUUAAGUUUCAA